UUUUUUUUUUUUUUUUUUUUUUUUUUUUUAAAAUUGAUUUCUUGUUAUGUAUAUAUUUUUGUGUAUACUAAACUUGGGUGCUGUAUAUUGGUUUUGUUUCUGCUUUUUCCCAUUUCUUAAUUUGAGCUAUGACUUGUUUUUUUCUUCUUCUUGAUUUGUUAUUUUUUGUGUGUAUGUCACUGGGUGAUGUAUAUGAGUUGUCCUUGGAUUUCAGUUACUAUAUGUUGUUUCUUUCUUGUACUUCGACUAUUGUAUUAUUUUGUUUUUGUACUGUUCUUUUACUAUUUGUUUUUGCUUUGUUUUAAGAUUUACAAGAUGUUUUAGGAAUGUACAAGGACUUGUUGGAGGAUCUAUGGCUUUAUUUUCCUCUCCUGUUAUUAUUUGUUGUUAUUUUGCCAAGGGUCUAUCGGAAACAACUUUUUUACGUCACGAAGAUAGGGGUUGGUGAAUCAAGUGAAAUAGUAGAGGAAGUACAACUCUGCGAACGGCAGAGGCAGCAAAACCUACCUCCGGAAGUACCUGAAAGAACCAUUGAUAUACAAACAGAAGAUUUUACGAGGAUAGACAUGCCCCCGUCACCAUUUCAGACUUCCAAAAGAGUGCUUUUCUCUCCAUCAUCGAGCCCUAACCAUGUUAGAUUAAAUGAAUCUCCAGGUCCCUCGUUAUCGAGGGCUAAAUCCUCCAUUAAAUCUCUCCUCCCUAAAUUAAGUUUAAAGUUCCGGAAUAGGACGUCUGAUAUUGAAAAGGCUGCAAUGUUAGCUCUUGGAGCCUCUCCCAUGCCUCAGGACAAGCCUUCAAUUUUCAGGUCUUUAUCCGUUAAGAGAAUUUUCACACCAAAGAUGAAAAGAACUUCAUCAUUGCCGGUAACUCCAAUAGAACACUCUAAUCCAGAAUCAGCGCAUGGUGACUAUGAAGAUGCAGCAUUUUAUUCAGUUAAAGGAGGACUGCAUCCCAUACCUCGCUCACAUUCAGUGCCAACAUUGUUCAAAGAUGAGAGCUUAAAACAGAUGGAUUACGUAGGAAGUGUCUAUCGUGUAGUCCCCUCAACUCCUCACAUGCCAAGACAUGAUGCUACACCAUUGAAUGCAACUCCAACUGUUGGCUCAGAUGAAAAUGCUAAUUUUGGUGAAGACAUCACUCAAGAAGACGCUGUGUGCAGAAUCUGCUUCGUUGAACUUGGGGAGGGUUCGGAAACUUUGAAGAUGGAGUGUAGCUGUAAAGGUGAACUAGCCUUAGCUCAUAAAGAAUGUGCUAUAAAAUGGUUUAGCAUAAAAGGAAACAAGAUCUGUGAUGUCUGUAAUCAAGAGGUUCGCAACUUACCUGUCACUCUUUUGCGGAUUCAAAGUACUAAUCCUAGAGGAAAUGGAGCUCAAAUUGAAUCUGUCGGAUACAGGAUUUGGCAGGACGUUCCUGUUCUCGUCAUCGUCAGCAUGCUUGCCUACUUUUGUUUUCUGGAGCAGCUUUUGGUUACCAGAAUGGGAUCUGGCGCGAUCGCUAUAUCUCUGCCCUUUUCAUGCAUCUUGGGUCUUCUUGCAUCCAUGACAGCAACAACUAUGGUACAAAGGCGAUAUGCUUGGAUUUAUGCUGUCACUCAGUUUGCCUUGGUGGUUCUGUUUGCUCAUGUGUUCUACUCAGUGCUUCGAGUGCAGGCAGUUCUAUCUAUUCUUCUUGCUUCGUUUGCGGGUUUUGGAGGUGUAAUGUGUGGAACUUCUUUUCUUCAUGAGCUUAUGAAAUGGAGGAAUAGAUGGAAUGCUGGGUCAACUGAGCAACAUACUUCUCAAGAAGGGACACAGCCAAAUCAAUCAUCAGAAGUUAGUUCUACACCUCAGGUAGAAAGCCAAACGCGUCAAGCCGAAGAAGCUGGUACUUCUGGAGUUGCCAAUAGAAGUUGAUACAGGCCAAACAUAAUCUCAUUUUAUCAAGAACCAAAGGAGAGUAUACUAUUUUCUGUCUCUUGUUAGCAAAAUUAUUGGAGCGUAUAGCGCUAGUCGUUGCAAGUUGUGCAGCCGUACACAGUUUUCAGUUACACCAAAGCUCUCUCCGAACUUCAGAAUUCUAAAGCGAGACUUGAAAUGAAUUCGACUGGAGGUUCUUGUUCUUUGUCAGUGUAGGAAGUGCGCCGGUUCAUUGUUUGUUCCAGUAGCUAGGCAGUACAUGAAAGGAAACUGAAAUAAUGUAAAUACCAGAAUGCAGAAAUGAUCUAUUCUCCUUUCUAAUUCUGUUGCAAAAUUAGAUCGUA